UACAGGCUUUUAGUCCUGGGUCGGUCUGUCCUGCGGGGAGCAAUCCUUGUCCAUCGGUCUGCGCUCUGCCCGCCCGCCUAGCAUCUGCCCUUCUCUCCUGACUCCGCCCUGCAUCUGUCCGGAACCGCCUUACGUCUGAGCUGACCCUGUGCGCGUCUGCCAGUCAGUCCCUCCGGACCCGCCGGGAGUCUCAGGCUGCCGAAAUCACCGCGCGUCACUCGCCUCAACAGUGAUUCUGAGUCUGCUUUUAGCUUCCCUCGCCUUGGCUUUUUUCUGUUUGUGAACAGCUGCUUGGCCCAUAGCUUAGAGAAAGCAGCCUUUUUUCUCUCCCAAGAGAGCCUCCUCCCUGUGCUCAGAGAGAUGGGGAGUGGGGAGCCUAAUCCUGCUGGCAAGAAAAAGAAGUACCUCAAGGCUGCCCUAUAUGUGGGUGACUUGGACCCAGAUGUUACCGAGGACAUGUUAUAUAAAAAGUUCAGGCCUGCUGGCCCUCUGCGUUUCACCCGCAUCUGCCGUGACCCGGUGACCCGCAGCCCCCUGGGCUAUGGCUAUGUUAACUUCCGCUUUCCUGCAGAUGCUGAGUGGGCUCUGAACACCAUGAAUUUUGAUUUGAUUAACGGUAAACCAUUCCGCCUAAUGUGGUCUCAGCCAGAUGACCGCUUAAGAAAGUCUGGAGUUGGAAAUAUAUUCAUCAAAAACCUGGACAAAACCAUAGACAAUAGGGCCCUUUUUUAUCUGUUUUCUGCUUUUGGGAGCAUUCUCUCCUGCAAAGUCGUAUGCGACGACAACGGCUCUAAGGGUUAUGCCUAUGUGCACUUUGACAGCCUGGCCGCUGCCAAUAGGGCCAUCUGGCACAUGAACGGAGUGCGGCUCAACAACCGCCAGGUGUACGUUGGCCGAUUCAAAUUUCCGGAAGAGCGAGCAGCUGAAGUUAGAACUAGGGAUAGAGCGACUUUCACCAAUGUUUUCGUUAAAAACUUUGGAGAUGACAUGGAUGACGACAAACUGAAGGAACUUUUCAGUGAGUAUGGGCCAACUGAGAGUGUUAAGGUAAUAAGAGAUGCCAGUGGGAAAUCGAAAGGCUUUGGAUUUGUGAGAUAUGAGACACACGAGGCUGCCCAAAAGGCUGUGUUAGACCUGCAUGGAAAGUCCAUCGAUGGGAAAGUCCUCUAUGUAGGGCGAGCACAGAAGAAAAUUGAACGUCUGGCUGAGUUAAGGCGAAGAUUUGAGCGGCUGAGAUUAAAAGAAAAAAGUCGGCCUCCAGGGGUUCCUAUCUAUAUAAAGAACCUGGACGAGACCAUCGAUGAUGAAAAACUGAAGGAGGAAUUUUCUUCCUUUGGAUCAAUUAGCCGGGCCAAAGUGAUGGUGGAAGUGGGGCAAGGCAAAGGGUUUGGUGUCGUCUGCUUCUCCUCUUUUGAAGAGGCUACCAAAGCAGUAGAUGAGAUGAAUGGUCGUGUAGUGGGCUCCAAGCCUCUGCAUGUCACCCUGGGCCAGGCCAGGCGCAGGUGGUGAGAACAGAAUGCUCAGUUUGUUUCGGCCUUAAGCUGGUGCCUACUUAGUUUGGGCUACUUUGUGAUAAGAGGUUAUUUUAUGUCAAUUCACAUUUUUUUUAAGUGAAUACUUUCUUUUGAAAAAAAAAGUGAAUCUAGAAAACCUUGUUCAUUUUAGUAAAGAACAUAAUUUCUAUUUGUAAAACUGUCAUUUUGUACUAUUUUUCAAUAUAAUAGCCUUAGGAAUAUGUAGAAUAAAGUUUAUUCCUUCACACGCUUUUUUUCUAAACCAGUCAAGGUGAGGUAAUUGAGUAUAUUUCCUUCCUUAUUUCACUAACACUACUAAAUUUAAUUUCUUCUAUGAAAGUAUUCUCGAGAUGGUCCUUACUUUUGAGUCUAUCACAGUGAAAAUUAGUAACUUGCUUUUUGAGAAAUCAGUAAAGCAGGGGAAAGGGUAUGUGAUCCAGUUAAUGUUUGUGUAUAAUUUCACUUUAAAUUAUUAUUUAAAAUGAAUAUUCCCUGUAAAAGAUGUGAACUUUCUUACUUUUAUUUAUUUAUACACUUUUUUCUUUUUUAAUAUAUUGUGGGCAUACCACAGACUUAAUAGUGAUUUUGACUAAGUUUUGAGAGUUUUCGUUAUUAACUUCAUGCCCAGAGAAAUAGACAUAUUGGUAUUUUCUCAAUCAGUACCUUAGAAAAUUAACACUUUAAACAUUGAUUAAUUACAUUCUGUUUCAUCUUUAAAAACUUUCCUGAGAGAUUUGAUAUUUGAAGACAGUUUAUGGAACAUUUUUAUCACUCAUUUUUCUAAACUCCUUAGUAGGUAUACUUGGAUCGUAUUUAAUUAACAAGAAAGGUGAAUAACAGCACUGAAUUGCCUUUGUCUAUGGAUAAUUUUAGGAUUACCUUCAGCUUUUGUUGUGUCAGUAUACAAGGUAACAACCCAUGAAAUGAUGUUGAAAACUACUUUGAGGAACAUCUUCUAUUAAACUUGUCAUUAUCUCCUGUAAAUUGUUGAAUAUAGCCAUAAGAUAAUGUUCACAGAUGUUUCAAAGUUAAGGAAAAGGUCCUCUCUCUUGAUUAAGUCACAUGCCUCCAUCUAUCAUAUGAGAGCUCUUAAUCCAGUAUGGUUCUCUUUUUGUCUGGCUGCUUGGAAGUUGUGACAAAAUGUUCUGUUCUAUAUCGCAGUUAUAUUAUUUAGUCUGUAAUUUGUAUACUAUGGAUUUUCUGUAUUUCAUUUGCAGUUGUCUCUUCUCCACAUCCAUCUACCUUACAUCCUUAUUACACUUACUUUCUUAUUUUCUCUGGAUUGCCUUUCUUCUAAUAUAUGCCAGUUCAAAUCCAUUCUGGAAUUAGAGAAAUAAGUACCUAAUUUAUGUAAACUUUAAAUAAUUACUUUUUAAAAAUAGGAUUCACUCAUACCAUAGAUCCAACAGUAAGAAAAUGUUUUAUCUCUAUUCUCAGUUGGUUUUUACUUUAUAUAGAAAUCUUUGGUUUCAUACAUAAUACAAUAUAAAUAUAUAAUUUUAUUAACACUUUUGUUGGCUAUUUGCCCAUAAAUUAAUGAGAAUAACCUGUUUCUAUAUAAUUUUUAUCUACAAAUGACUUGUAUAUUCAUUAGCAAAUAUUUUCAAAUGGAAAUUACUGUUUUUAUUGAUUAUAAACAUAAUACAUGCUCCUUGUAAAAAAAUGUACAACAAUGCAGAAACUUAUAAAGAAGGAAGUAAAAUUCCCAGAGUUCAGAGAUAACCACUAUUAAUAUUUUAAGUGCGUGCAUAUCCUUUCAUGCCUUUUCCCCUAUGUAUACACACUGUUUUACAAAAAACAAAAAAGAAAACAUACUAUAUGUACUGUUAUUUUUUUUAAUUUUAAACUAAAACAUAAUCAUCUUUUCAUGUCAAUAAAUGCCAAUCUGUAUCAUCAAUUAGUGACUGCAUAGUAUUCCAUUGUGUGGAUGAACUAUAUCUUAUCUAAGUAGUCCAUUAUUAAAUGAGAUUUAU